UAUGAUAGAGCUCAGGGUUUGCAGUCACGACCUUACUUGAACAGGAUCUGUUCUAUAGGCUCGUACAACCGUAUCCUUGAUUGCAAAGGAGACGGGCAACUCAGUCUGGUGGAUGACUCUUGACCUCAAGGCUGGAGCGUGAUUAUUGGUAGGAAUCCUUCGGAGUUCUUGCUGUAGAGGAUCGUUCUCGGAUGAUUUCGAUCGUCUGGGAUGGCCAUGAGGUUGUCUGACAGACUCCCCCUCUUUUUUUUUUUUUGCUCGUAAUUUUUGAUCAAUUCUUCUUCAUGCCUUCUCCGGCGUCGGCUUCAUGCCUUCUCAGGCCACCCAGGCCCCCGAUCCCUCCUCCUUCUCCCCCGCCAAGAUUCGCGGGGCUCAGGGCGCCGUGCCGCUGACCGUGAAGCAGAUCGCCGAAGCCUACUACGCCAGAGAUGACAAGUCCAUCCUUACCGUCAAUGGCUCUGAAGUCACCAGCGUUAACAGUCAGGCUAUUGGGUCUGAUCUUGAAUAAGGCGGAGAGUGUCGCUGACAUCUCCUUCACCCUUGAUGACGGCACGGGCCGGAUCGACAUCAAUAGAUGGGUCAAUGAGUUCUCGGAUGCAAAUGAAGUGGCUGCAAUCCAAAAUGGGAUGUAUGUUAGAGUUGAUGCUCAUAUGAAGGGGUUUCAGGGCAAAAGACAUGCCUUCUCUGUGAGGCCUGUGACUGACUUCAAUGAUAUUGUGCUCCACUUCAUUGAGUGCAUAUAUGUACAUUUUGAGACCGAACUGAAGGUCCUUGCAUGUAGAGAGAAAGGUGUUCCAGCUUGGAUGCAGACAAAUCCAAUCACUAGUACCCCUUUUUCUAAUAGAGUGAAAGGAUAUCAUGCUCCUCUUACGAAUCAAUCUUCAGCUUUUUCAAGCACGGACAGAUCUGGAAAUGAUGCGUACAACUUGGUUUUGGGAGUUUUCCAGGAACCAGCAAUCCUAAUCCAAGAGAGCUUGACCAAGUUCUUCAACUGUACCAACUUCUGCCAUGACUUGCUCCUCAGCUCUUUAGAGGACCUUAACUGCUACCUUCGGAUGUCCUCAACGGACUUCUCGAUCGGUUCCAUUUCAAAUGUCGAGUCCUUGUGCAUUGCAGAUAUCAGUUGUGUGGUUGUGAUGGUGCUGCUGUCUAUCUGCCUUGAAGCAUUGAUUGACUGCAUUCUGAUCUUAUAUAUGGACACCCCUGACGGUCAGUAUCGCCAUCACAACUAGCCCGAUGCCACCCACGGCUAUCGUCGCUGUAAAAAUUGACAAAUUAGAUCGUGAGAAUUCAAAACAUGGAAAAGGAGUUCUCAUGGACUUCUUAUUGAAAUAGGGAGUUGGUUUGCUGAUUGUGAUAGCAGCCUUGCCAACAGUCAGGCCAUCUGAACUUGAUUAAGGGGGAGUGUUGCUUGGAGAACUUGUUUUGGCAUAUCUUUAGAAGUUGACAGAGUGGGUUUGGAGAGGCAACUUCUAUCGGAUCUGCUGUUGUGUUGCUAGAGAUCCAACUGUUGAAGCUAAAUUAAAAUUCCAUAUGGGCAUUAGCCUAUGAUGAUUAGAAUAUAAUACAUCUCUGAAUCUUCAUUUGUAAUGAUAACUUUGGAGAAAAAUAUGGAUAGAAAAACUUGAAGUAAUUUAUUGAAGCAAUAAAUGGCAUGGACAUUAAUUUAGAUAUAGUCCAGUUUGGAAGAACUAAGUUUUACUCCCACAUAGAAGAGGUUUGCGGUUUCAGCAUGGCAACCAUGGAUUUAAAAUGAUUGGCUAUAUUAUAGUCAGCUAAUCUUGUAAGUUUGGCUCAUUUUUAUGGGAUAUAUAUUCUUUGUGUUCCCCCUUCCAAUUGGUUUCCUUUUUUUUCCCCUUUUCCUCCCUUCUUCUUCCUCUUUCAUUGUUGUCGCCUUCUUUGGGUCAUUCUUUUUUACCAAGAUUUCCAACUUCAGUCCACGAAAUUUGCUUUAAGUCCUCUGUAAUGACACCCAUCAUAGCUCCAUUACUUUUGGUGUUCCCGUCCCUCAAUGCUUCCGCACCUUUAAUCAUCAGAAGAAAUUUGGAAACCUCAUUAUAAUUGACCUUCUUUAAUCCUCAUGGUACAUGAUCUGUGCAAACUCAAUUGUGAUCAUUAUUUCUUUAAUUCUACUAUCCUGACCCCAAAAAAUUCUGUAAGUAUAUAUUUCUUGAACUGGCUUGUUUUUAACAUCCUUAUCAAUGGAGUUUUUAUGUCGUGCAUGAACCCUUUCUAUUUCCCAAUGUUGUCCUCCAUACAACAUUGCGAACCUUUGCAAUAUCUUGCCAACUCAAACGCCUUUGCCUCACAACAUGAAGCAAUUACUCAGUUAUAACUUGACCAUAGAUCUCCAUCCAUAUCUAUAUAUUCUUGAUGUUGGAAUAAAUGUGAUAGACCUGAACCAAGUGAAAAUUAGUGUGAAACGACAGCAAGGAAAUGUAUUCAAAAAUAACUAAGAAAUUGAUUUGGUAGCCUGCCCUUCUGUAUUUAUUUGUUACCACAACCAUAUCAUAAUACUGCAAUUUAGAAGAAGAUAUUUUAGUUUGAUAUGCCAUUUGGAAGCCUCAUUACUCAGCAAUUAAGAUUUCUCAUGACAAGCACAUUGCAGGAGCUAGCUAGGGUUUACUUGUUUGAACUUAUAUCACUAACAAAAUUUAUAACUAUUCUAAGUAAAUAAGGAAUGUAGAGGGAACAAAACAGUUUCGGUAAUUCAGUGCAUGAUAGUUGGUACCAUAACACCUGAAGCAGGAAGGAUGAAGUUCCUUUCCAAUUCUUAUUGAAGUUUGAUUGCUUACCGGCAUGGAAAACACCUAAAUUUGGAGCAACUUUUUCCAUACUUAUAAUAUUUAUAUUCUCCAGAUCCAGUAUUAGUUUUUCAUGUCCUUUAUAUCCAUCAG